AACGAUCAACAGUCCGACGGUCCUAGCGUGGCGAUGCUAACGAUAGCCAGCUAGCUAGCUAGUUCAGGGUAGCUCCAGGUGAAAUUCUCCAAGAAAGUUUUACUUUUCAUUUACCGAUUAACUCACGAAUGUGCAACAUUUACCGAUGCAUCAGUGUCACUUGAAUCUCUCCCUUUUGUUUAAACCAUGCUAGCAUGUUAGCUAAGGCUAGGCAGGCUGCGCUAGCUGCUGCUUUUUGCUAGGCUAUGUGGCUAACGAGACCUAGCAAUAUAGCUCGACUGAUGCUGACGGUUCUUCUAACAUCUGGACUAAACCUGAACUGACCGUCGGGUUUCUUCACCCGUCAGCUGUCAUGUCUAGAAGAAGCAGGAACAGUCGUGCGUGGCGAUACGUGUGGGGUGGGAUACGGCAGGAUGCAGACGCCCGAGCCCUGGUGUUGGCCUCUGAGAGUGAUGAAUGGAGCUAUGACCGCCUUGAGUUCAGUGAUUCAGACUCGGAGGCAGACUUCUCUACAGUGAUCGUUCCUCCGGUGCCCAGCGCAGUUCCUGUCACUGGAGAGUCUUACUGUGGCUGUGAUUCGCAAGCUGAGACCAGCUACAACCCUCGUCUACGAGGCUUUCACCAAGUUAAAGACUGUCACUGUGGCGAGGAUGACCAAGAUUUUGAUUGGGUGUGGGACACCAACAGUCGUUCAACAGCAACAAUGCUGAGCUGCGACAAUCGCAAAGUGAAUUUCCACUCGGAGUACAGCUGCGGCACAGCUGCGAUCCGUGGUUCCAAGGAGCUGGCUGAUGGGCAGCACUUCUGGGAAAUCAAGAUGACAUCCCCAGUUUAUGGAACAGACAUGAUGGUGGGCAUUGGUACCUCUGAUGUUAACCUAGACAAAUACAGACACACGUUCUGUAGCCUGCUGGGAAAAGAUACAGACAGCUGGGGACUCUCUUACACUGGGUUGUUGCAUCAUAAAGGAGACAAGACAAACUUCUCUUCCCGGUUUGGACAGGGGUCUAUAAUUGGAGUCCAUCUGGACACGUGGCACGGCACACUGACAUUCUUUAAGAAUCGAAAGUGCAUAGGUGUUGCUACCACCGAGCUACAGAAUAAGAGGUUUUAUCCGAUGGCCUGCUCCACUGCAGCAAAGAGCAGCAUGAAGGUGAUCAGGUCCUGCUCUGCACCCACCUCCCUCCUGUACCUCUGCUGCGCUCGCCUUCGCCAGCUGCUGCCAGAAUGUAUAGACACUCUGGAGGUGCUGCCGCUGCCGCCAGGCCUUCGCCAGUUGCUCCACAACAAACUGGGCUGGGUGCUCAGUCUGAACAGUGGCUCCACAGAGGAAAGCCCAGAUGGACCGGAGCGCUCCCCGCGUCUGCCCGUCCCUCGCCUGGCUGGACCGUCAUCCUCUGAGAGCGACUCAGAGGGUUGUACGUCCGACCCAGAAGCCUGUCAGAGGAAGAGGUGUCGCUGGACAUGAACGCACAUUUCGAAUCUUACCUCCUUUUAAACACUGGCAGUCGUCGCUGUCCUCCAGCAUCUGAGGACACACCUGCUGCAAGAUUCCCAUCAGUGUUACACAGAUGUGAAACCAAUAACCUGGAUGUGUUGAGCAGUCGUAGGAUCAGUAUCGCUGCCUGUACGUCAUCUUUUCCCUUUUCAUUCCGGUGUCUUAAUGCUCAUCGUUCACUCAGUAUCCAAAAUCAUGAAAAGUUUUGGUGUUCUGUUUGUCAGGAGAGUCUGUUGCCAAUGGGGUAUAGUGUGUUUUACACUGUGCAGUGGAACACUGAAUUCAACUAUGGCCUGAACUUGGUGGCCAUUGCAGCACAAUGCAAAGAAAAUCAUGCUUACACAAGCAAGAGCUGAUCUGAGCUGCAAAGCUAAUCUACAUGUUUCUAUUAGGUCAGCAGAGAAACAAUCUUUCAUACCAGCAGGUCACGACUCUGUCCUUAACUCUUGGUUAAAGAGGGCAACAGCAUUUCAAAUUUUCAUGGUGAAGAUGUGCUUUCUUUUAAAUCUUUCAUGGGUCAGACGUCAUCUUCGGGCAACUAAAGCACGCCUGAUUACUCAUUAAUCAUUAGCGCAGAAAAAACAUGACAUUUGUGGUGUCGGCGUUUCAAAGUGCUCUGUUGAAAUGUUGUUUAUAGAAAAUAUGAAUUUCCUCUUAAAAAAAAAAGAUGUAGGAACUACACAUUGUAUUAAGUGUAGCACUGUUAAACCCUGUCAGACAAAUAGUUCAUCAGAUGAAACUGAAUAUAUGAGUGACUUUCAUUGCUGUUACCCCAUCAUUUUAUAGAACCAUUACAAAAGUUAGUUUAUUUGGUAUUCUAUAAGAGUAUGGGCAGUUUUAUUGUUUUAUACUGAUUCUGUUUAUGCAGUGACAUUGUUUUAUUUUUUCUAAGGCCUUAUGUCGUGCUUUACGUCCUAAACGUCUCCUGUGAAUUAACUAAGUGUGCUCUACAUCGUUUUUGUAUGAAUUGUUCAUCUCUAUGUCACCUUUGGAAAAAAAUGCUUGUAGAAACUUCUCUUCCUGCUAAGUAGUCUACAUCCUAGAUUGGCAUGUUUCUAGUGGUGAUACCCUCUCCAGCUGAGGAUGUAGAGGCCAUCAUUUUAUCAUUUGUGCUGAUAAUUUGUUAGACUGGGUAAAGAUGUUAAAAAUAUGUUACAGCCACUGUUAUAUUGGCUGACGGAUGGAUCACUGACCGCUGUGCAAGAGAGCAAAUGGCCCCUAAGCAAGUGUUGUAAGAGAGAUUUUGCUAACAUUUCUACACGAAAAGCCAAUUAAAUGACUACAAGUAGACACAAAACAUAUAUGCUGAGCUAUUCCAGGCUCCAGGAGACAUGGAAAUAAUCAGAAAGGCACAAUCAUGUACGAUUAGACACAGAAUGACUGCCAUUUUAAUCACUUCCUAUCUUUGUCUCAUUAUCUAUCUAUGGGGCUAAGUGGUGUUUAAAUGUUUAAAACAUGUUGAUUGUUUGCUAAUAGGAGAAAAUUUCCCCCAGGGUAAAUAUGUAAAUAACAUUUUUUUGAGUACCAGAAUAUAAUAUAAUAAUGGAGGGCCUCUGCUACAAGGUCACGACUUAGUUAGAUGUACACAGAGUUUUACGGUACUAUGCAACACGUGCAUUGACUGUGAUAAGGGUUUUCAGAAAGACUGGGUGUACUGGGGCGUGAUUAUGGAGACUCUGGGACAAUGAUAGUGAUGAUUCCAGAAGAGCAUGGUCAUUUGUGAUGAGUAGUAACACGACCAACUGAACUAUCCAGUUGUGUUAAUUAUAAAUGACCUCCUUUCAUUAGCUCCUGUAACCACCAGGAGAUUAGGUGUAGUCUUGUUUUUUGUCUUUACAUUUAUGCAUCCAAGCACUUUUUCUUACUGUUAUACUGUAAAUAGAAAAUGUCUUAAGUGUUUCUUCCAUGUCACAUUAAUACUGUUUGUGAAGGCCUUUAUUCACCUUUCUCUGUAUAACUUAUCAGCAUGAUUUUCAGCUGACAAUAAAACUAUUGCUUAAUAUGCACAAAAGAUUAAA